UUCGCACAGGAGACGGGUCCAUUUUAUUCAACUUUACCAGCACGAGCGCGGAUCCUAGCUCACCCACUUAUAAAUAUGGCAGCUUAGCGCCUCCUCCUUUUCUUCCGGUGCCGUGGGGUUCCGCUCGACGAUAGAAAGAGUGAGAGAGGAGCGAUGAACCCUCCUUCCAAUCUUCUUGAUGAGGCCCUGGGCCUCGGCCACGGAGGAGCCAUGGCUCCGCUCCCCGCGGGCCGGGUCGUCCUCGUCGAGGACUGCGUCGAGACGAGCGGCGCGUUCGUUCUCCACCACCUCCUGAAGCGCGCCCUCUCCGCUGGCGAGGGCGAUGGGGCCGUGCUCUUUCUCGCCCUUGCCCAGCCCUUCUCCCACUACGACCGCAUUCUGAGGAAGCUAGGUUGCAAUCUAUCAGUACAAAGGAGCAACAAUAAACUGCACUUUUUUGACAUGCUUAAGCUAGAAUUUCCAGGUCUGACUGAAGGAAAUGACAUUGAAGGUGGAUUUGUUGAAUUGUAUAGUAAGAUUCAAAGGGCUAUAGAAGCUAGCAGGUCAAAGGAAUACAGCAGAGGCUGCAUUACCAUCAUGAUAGAUGACCUCUCCCUUUUAGAGAUAGCUGCCUGUGGUUCUAUAGAUUGUGUCUUGGACUUUCUGUACUACUGUAUUAGCCUCACCUCUGAACUGGAUUGCUCUCUAGUGAUUCUGAACCAUGAAGAUAUCUAUUCAAGUGAGGAGGCCCCAAGGCUCCUUUCACAUCUGGAGUACCUUGCAGAUAUUGUGAUAAAAACAGAACCAUUAAGUACUGGUUUAGCUGCUAAUGUGCACGGACAAUUGACUAUUUUCAACAAAGGGACUUGCAACAGACAUGGGCAUUCAAUGAACAAAAUUCAUAACUUCCACUUCAAGGUGAAGGAAAAUGGCGUUGAAUAUUUUUACCCAGGAAGUCAAUAUUGAGGUGGCUCAUAGUUAAUGAUCCACAUGGAAUUUGUGUUACUGUUGAUCUUUUUGUUCUUUACUGAUUGGAAGAAGCGGCCAUGAAGCUAAAUCACCAAAACAUAUUGGUGCUACUUGGCAGGAGGAAGCUUUCAUGAUAUCCUCUUCAGGCAGGUGUUCUAAGUACCGCCAGUGUUAUGUACUUGUUCGUCUGUUGAAAAGAUGUAAUUGGAACUUUUGCUGAUCAUGCAGUGUAUGGUUGGUAUAUAAUUUUGGUA